AUGAAGAUUGACAUCCGCAUGAAUCUUGUUGCAAAGCGAGUUGAACUUAAGACUAUGAGGGACACUCCCGACAUAAGCAACCUUUACAAGUGUUCUUCCUAUGUGCAGGCUUUCAUGUUGUUCUUUGAGCCUGAGCAAGUAAGAGAGGCCUUUUUCAGGUAUGAUAAUUUGGAUAUGUCUUCACUUGAUAUGCAAGAUGUGAAGCGCACACUCAAGGGGGAUCACUUGACUCGUGCUAUUGGAAGGAUAUGUGGGAAAGGUGGGAAGAUCAAAUUCAUGAUUGAGAACGCUACUAAAACUAGGAUUGUGGUUGCUGGUAACAAGAUUCACUUUGUUGGUACACAUGAUGCCAUCAAAAUUGCAAAGGACUCUGUUUGCCGCCUUAUUAUGGGUUCCCCUGCCGCCAAAAUAGCUUCUAGGCUUAGAACCAUUACAGCUCGGGCAUCUGAACGAUUCUAA